UCGGAAUAUCAAUUCUUGUUUUUUGCUGACUGCUGGGUGCUGUCAUAAUUUUCUUAUUUUCGGGUAUUUGGGGAUGAUAUUGCCUUUAGCUUGGAAUCGUUCCAAUUUCGUAAAAUAAACUGUUUACCUCUUAAGAUUAAGCUUACUCACCGGGUCAUCGUAAUGAAUCCGCAGUCCUUUGUGUCGUGCGUAUUUUAGUAUUGACUUCGAAGGAAGUCAAUAGUGGUAUUUUGUGGGUCUUAUACCAGUAUUUCUGCUUUAAAAUGGGUUCAGUGCAAAUAGAAUGUGAUACAAAACGCGAAUUGGAUGAUAGCGGCUGCGUACAAGAUGAUUUCGUCCACCACAGCUACAAUCAAAUAAAUUUAUUGGAUUUAUCCGAUGAUGUUCUACUCUACGUUCUACGUUAUUGUUCACCGAGAGAUUUGAAAGCGCUUGGAUUCUCGUGCAUUCGUCUCGGGCGUCUCGUCCGUGAGCGCUCGUUGUGGAGGCGAGUCGACACGACCGCAGUACCCUGCAGCCAAGCGAGGCUGAAAUGGUUCCUCGAUAACACCCUCCAUCAAGAUACCCGAGCGUUAAUGAUCUCUGGAUACUCAAGGAACGCUGACGGAUGUCUUGGACUCAUAAACGUCACGCGCAAGGAGGCCGCCGAGGAGAAAGACGAGUCCAGCGAAAGCGAAGCAGGUACGAACAAUGAACCUAAUAUAUGUGAACAGAUCCACGAAAUCCCGAUCCCGGUGCACUUGGAGAGGCAUCACGCGAGGCUUUUCAUCAGUGCCCAGAGGACUCCAAAUCUGCCGAGAUAUCGUGGCUUUCCGUCGUGGACCGACGAGACCGACCUGGGCCGCAGUGGGCCGCAGCGGUGCAACGGGCCGCAGUUCUCGUUCUCGCCGAAGCUCCUCCAGCAGCUGGUCGCCACCUGCACGCAGUUGACCACGCUCGCCGUGGAUUACUGUAAUAUUGAUUGUAAUCGGACGAGUCUCGGUCACUUUCCGAAGAUGUUGAAGAAGCUAUCGCUCCGCGGGACGAGGUGCUUCAAUAUGGCGGUCGAUAAAUCGUUCCUGUUCAAGAUUCAAGAUCAUCUACCGUUUUUGGAGAGUCUCAACGUGUCGGAGUGCGAGUGGAUGGAUCCAGCGACGCUGCUGCCGCUCAGCAAGAUGCCGAAACUCGAAGAGCUGUUCAUGCGUGACUGUCCCAAGCUGGCCGAGUUCGUGGCGUACGCUUCCCUGACAUCCAGAUACGGGUUCAGAACUUUGAGGUCGCUGGACCUGCGCGGCUCGCCGGUGGGCGACUCCGAGGUGUCGGCGCUGGGCUGGCUGCCCAACCUGGAGAACCUGUGGCUGGCGGCGCGGCGGCACCGCUCCGUGCGCUUCAAGCACCACCACGCGCACUACGCCGACGACCCGCGCGUCGCGCACCACCAGCUCGACCGCUGGGAGGCGCGGGAACCGGAUUACUUCAAAACGAAAUCUAGUUCGGAUUCGAGCGAAUGCACGGAGACGGAAAAUCCUCAGCCGUCGAGCAGCCGCACGGUGCCGGUCGCUGGGGGUCGUGCAAAAAACGAGACAUCGGACACGUUCAGUACUAAGACCGACAGGGAUAAAGAAGGUUCCUCGAAGAGAAAACCCGAAGACGGUAGCGGCGAUGGCGCCGACGUAAACGGUAAAUCCCCGCUGAACAAACGUCAGAAGGUCAAUAACGAUUCGAAUGAAACGAACAACGGUAGCACACAAAACGCGGGCCCGACGAACAACAUCGCCAACGAUGCUCAGAACCAGAGUAACGAUUCAAAAAACGAGGAAUAUCCCAAGAAUAGGAUUAUGAAAAUCAACUGCGAGAUAAAUGUGAACGUUAUCGGUGUGAUCGAGACCGAUAGUGACGAUCCCGACGCGGUAAACGACGACGACAUCGACAGAUUCGAUAACCCUGAACCGAGGAACGAGAACGAUAACGCGAGGAACGACGAAAACGGUAACAACGCAGAACCGAACGCGCAAAACGUUCCAAAUUUAAAUAGAGAAGCUCAGGGCAACGACAAUGCGAGGAAUGAAAAUUUUCGUAUACAAAACGCUAGAGGCGGCAGUCCCGAUUGUAUAGUCGAUUGUAUUAAAAUCGAUCAGCUCAUCGACGUCGGGGAACUCAGAUGUGGAAGGCAGAACGAAGUUAUCGUAAUAGCGAGUACAUCGCGAGCCAAAGUGAACAAUACAGCUCGCCAGGAGGACGGACACCAAUCCAGACCAGGAGGCCAGAACCAGGAGGCCGGGCAGGCUGAUAACGUUAAAGUCGAGGAAACCGCGAAGCCGAAAAACGACGAACGGAACGAUCCGGAACCCAAGCAGAAUCUAAAACGUCCGAAUGAGAACGUCAACGAGGGCGCGUCGACUUCGAAGGACGGAGAGAAGUCCGAAGAACCGAAAGAGAAGUACGUCUGUUUUCGGAAAAAUCAAGAGCCGGUCUACGUGAACUGCUCGCCCGAGAAUGCGGCCAAUCAGAACCAGCAGAAUCAGAGGCGGGAACCGCUGCCGCCAAUCCAGUACCAGAUUGAGCCGCGACAUCACGUCCUGUACGUCAGCGUCGGCCCCCAACUGAACACGUACCGCUUUCCCCGCGAUUCGUCCGAACUAGAUCGCCAUUUGAAUUUGAACUUUCGUUCCACGCACGUCGACUCGAGUUCGCUCGUCACGGAUUUCGCGAUGCGACGUUUCGGUCGCGCUGACGGCGAGGACGUUAACAUAAUCCACAUCGGUCCCAAUGGUCCGAUGGUCGUCGGUCACGAUACCGGUUCUAGACCGGACCGGUCGAAUCUACGUUUUCUGUCCGUCACGGGUUACAGGAAUAUCACGGAUCGGAGUCUAGUUCACCUCGCGACGGCCGCUCCGAAUUUGACGAGGAUUGAUUUUACGGACACAAACAUCAGCGAAAACGGCGCGGAGAACUUCCGAGGCAUUCGACCGGAUUGCGAAUUGAUUUUUAGCAAAUACAGAGAUAAUAUGGAUUAAUUUGCAUUCAUCGUCCGCCUGUAAACAGAUCUCACUAAUUGAUUUUAAUUUUACUCGAAUUUUAAUCGAUAUAGACCGACAUGAAGGUUUUAAUGGAUAUUUUUUUUUUUAACGUUUGAAAUCUUUAAAAGGAAAUCAUCGGACCUCAUCUCGGAAUGUUUCAAAAUUAUUAUAAUAAAUUAUUAUCAUAAACAGUAGUUUAUAGUUAAUGAUAUUUUAAUUAAAUGUUCUAAGUGUAUCGGUGUAAUAAAUGUAAAGGUGGAUGCGUACUGUUAAAACGACACGCUGUAUGAUAAAAUCUAUAAUAAAAUAUCUUCAUCGUGGAUUAUAAUACUCUGGAUUUACAUAAUUUUCAGUUAAUAUCGCACUGUUGGACCAAGAACUUUCCGGUCAAGUAGGUUUCCUUAUGAUGUAUUUAUGUUGCAUGAAAAAUAAACACUCGCUGAGCUAUCUUGCGGCAACAUGACUGAACAUAGGUAAGAUCCUAGCUACCGACGUCAAAGAAGUUAAUUUCAGCCCUCCAUACUUCAAAUAACCGAGGCCGGCUUCGAAUCACAAACAUUCUACGCGACACUGGCGCUUGAAUUGCAAAAAAUAAUACAUUAUUUACGCAACAAAUUAAAAUAUCGAAUGGAAAAUUUUAGCCGCCAUUAGAUGUAUAACAUCAAAACGGAUGGUUAUUGAAAAAAAUAUAUAAACAUAGCUUCGUUACUAUCAUUUAUAUGUUUUCUUGUCGCCCGUGGUUUUGCUCACGUGUAAGACAAAAAAAGCAACCUUUAACAUCACUUCAUAGCUAAUUUCAACAAAUUUCGUUCAAUGGUUUGUCUGCAAAAGAGCAACACGGACAGACAGAGUUACUUUCGCAUUUAUAAUAUUAGUACAGAUGAGUAUCACACACGAGACGGUAGAGAUCGGAUCGAGAUUUUGCCGUAACGACAUCGCACAUAACUGAACAGCGUGUCGUUUUAACGGUGUGCUUCUAUCUUAAUAGUUUUUUAAUUGAUGUUUCAUAAAAUGGAGUUUGGACAAUGUCAAAGUGCUAUUAUUGUGUAAGCGACUUCGGAAUGGAGAUGGAGAUGGAGAGAGGGUAGCGAUCGGAAUGUAGAAUUCGUGUAGUUUUUCAUCUAUCAGUGUAUACGUGUAUAUAAAGUAUUAGGAAAAGUAAUUUGUUGAUAUCGUAGCGGGAUUAUCGUAUCGUUGUGGUGAUUAGUGAUUAGGGAAUGGUAUUUUUAUAUCCCAAAUGUGUAAAUUAUAUUAUGAUUUGACACGAGCAAGAUGCAUUUAUAAUAUCAAUCAAGUUGUUUUUUUUUUUUUAUUGGUAGGCAGAAGGGCAUAUGUUUACGUCCAUGGACAUCGGCGCUAAUAAAUGUUGAUUCCUUACGUCAAUGCGUCACCAACUUUGUUAACACAGUAAAAACUAAAAUAUAAUUUAUUCAAGUACGCUUUUACAC